AUGCCUUCACAGAUCAAUAUCUACCAACAGCCUUCAUAUAGUUACUCUUCCCCUGAAACCAUAUCCUCGAACGCACGAUUCCCUCAUGACCAAACUUCCUUCCAAAAUACCGACUUUCGACCGCUCAUUCUCCCUCAGACUGCUUUUGGAGCAGGGGAGCCCUUCUUACGAGGUUAUAGUUCUGAGAUCAGUAAACAUGGAAUCUCACGCGAUCAAUUCCUGCGAGUCGUGGAUGAGAUCAAUGUCACCCGCACGCCCAACCCAGAAGUACAAUUAUUUCAAAUGGGUGCUGGCAUCGCUGGGUGGUUCGUACCAGGCGUUGCCAGUAUUGGGCUUAUCGCAGGUCAGGUCGGCAUUGGUGUUGCUACAGCGGUCGGCCAUGCAUCAAUAGUUUCCAAAGCAUUAUCCAAGGCCAAUAUGGAGCUAUUCGCCCCCAAUGGACUCGAGAUAUGUAUUAUCAAGACCCAAGACCUUGACACGGAAUUGGGCAUCUCCUCCCAUGGCAUACCAGACGUGCCCUAUAACAUGCCACCAGUCGAUAGACUAAGCAUUUAUGGACCACAGGUUGCCUUUGUAAAUGAGAUCCUACCAGAUAAAUCAGACAUGGGACGACAAGACCCCCUCGCCAAGGCUGGUCGAGCACUUAACAAAAGGUCAAAUAAGAGGAAGGCCCAAGAUGCUCAGGAGAAGCUAGAUAAAGGCGAAAGAAAGGACAAGGGAAAAAGACGGCUUUUUAAGUCAUAUGAUGACAUUGAAUGGGCCCCAAAAGCCUUGAUCAACACACUCGUUUUCAUCGGUGUCAUCUCUGCUGCUGCCAUUCCCGACACAAAGGUCCGUAAGCUUACUGAAUACUCGUCCAAUACCACAGAUGGCUCACUCACUGACCAAAAAAUAGCUGGCAGUGCACUCACAACUACCCUACCGGAACUGGUAGAGGUCCCUUUGGGCGUCCUAUUGGAUGUUGCGUUGCGGCAGGCUGCUGCUACGCAUGUUGUUGUAUAA